CAAACAGACUUUCCAGAAAUCAAAUUUUUCUGAAACAGUUAUGGGGAACUGCAAAAACUUCUCCUACAUUCCUUUCUUUUUCUUGUUAUGUUUACUUGGGACGUUCUUUUUCCUUCCAAUAGAAGCUGCUGUAAAGAAAUACCAGUUCGAUAUUCAAGUGAGGAAUGUCAGCAGGUUGUGCCAUGCGAAGCCCAUUGUUACAGUCAAUGGGAUGUUCCCAGGCCCUACAGUUUAUGUUAGAGAAGGAGAUAGAGUUCUAAUUAAUGUUACCAACUAUGCCCAAUAUAACAUGUCUAUUCAUUGGCAUGGACUAAAGCAAUAUCGAAAUGGCUGGGCUGAUGGACCAGCUUAUAUAACACAAUGUCCAAUCAAGACAGGGAACAGUUAUGUCUACGAUUUUAAUGUCACGGGACAAAGAGGAACACUCUGGUGGCAUGCGCAUAUCUUUUGGCUAAGAGCCACUGUCUAUGGUGCAAUCGUUGUCAUGCCUAAACAAGGGACUCCAUUUCCUUUCCCUCAGCCUGACAGAGAAGUCAAUAUCCUCUUAGGAGAAUGGUGGAACAAUGAUGUUGAAGAGGUUGUCAAACAGGGAAACAAGUUGGGAUUGCCUCCAAACAUGUCGGAUGCCCAUACUAUUAAUGGAAAGCCAGGGCCACUCUUUCCAUGUUCUGAGAAACACACCUUUGCGAUGGAGGUUGAACAGGGAAAGACAUACCUCUUGAGAAUAAUCAAUGCUGCACUCAAUGACGAGCUUUUCUUUGCCAUUGCUGGUCACAACAUGACAGUGGUAGAGGUUGAUGCAGUCUAUACCAAACCCUUUACAACUCAAGCAAUACUGAUAGCACCAGGGCAGACGACAAAUGUUCUUGUUCAAGCUACCCAAGUGCCAAGCAGAUAUUUCAUGGCCGCUAGGCCUUUCAUGGAUGUGCCACUUUCCAUUGACAACAAAACUGCCGCGGCAAUACUACAAUACAAAGGCAUUCCAAAUACUGUACUCCCCAUCCUUCCCCAAUUGCCGGCACCCAAUGACACAGCUUUUGCACUAAGCUACAAUGGCAAACUCCGAAGUCUCAAUUCUCCCCGAUUCCCAGCAAAUGUCCCCCUUAAAGUUGACCGCCAUCUCUUUUACACAAUCGGGCUGGGAAUGAACCCAUGUCCAACAUGUCUAAAUGGAACACGACUCACUGCGUCCUUAAACAACAUUACUUUCGUAAUGCCACAAACUGGCCUCCUUCAAGCUCACUAUUUCAACAUCAAAGGUGUGUUCACAACAGACUUCCCAGACCGCCCUCCAACAUCCUUCAAUUAUACUGGUGCACCGCUCACUGCCAAUCUUGGCACUACGCUGGCCACACGUCUAAGUAGGAUAGCUUUUAAUUCAACAGUGGAAUUGGUAUUACAAGACACAAACCUUCUCACUGUUGAGUCCCAUCCGUUCCAUCUUCAUGGUUACAACUUUUUUGUUGUUGGGACUGGAGUUGGGAACUUUGAUCCUUCUAAAGAUCCAGCUAAAUUUAACUUGGUGGAUCCUCCUGAAAGAAAUACAGUUGGGGUUCCAACCGGCGGUUGGACUGCCAUAAGGUUCAGAGCUGAUAAUCCAGGCGUGUGGUUCAUGCACUGUCAUCUGGAGCUUCACACGAGCUGGGGUCUAAAGACAGCAUUUGUGGUGGAGAAUGGAAAAGGCGCAGAUCAAUCUAUUCUACCUCCGCCUAAGGACCUUCCUCCUUGUUAGCUGUUUGAAACUUUCUGGCGAUAAUAAAACAGGAAAAAUAGGCGGCGACAUUUUGUUGUGAUGAGUUCCAGAAAGGUGCAAAGUGAUAACAUGAAAAUUUGUAUCAAUUCUUCUUGUUUCAAGUUGUAAAUUAAGAUCGUUCAGCUUACAAUAAAAUCCUUUGUCCAUAAGGACUGCAUGAUUUUUUUA